GGCCGCACAGUAUUCACAUUCGCCGUGUAGUGCAUAGACGACACCACCACCGGACCCACAGUAUAAUUACAAUUUUAAGAGGGUAAAAGAAAAAAAGAAAAAAAGAGAGAAGCAGUCCCAGCACCCGAUAUCGAAUCAUGAUCAGUCCCAGAGCCCUACCAGCACUUCCCGUCCAUCCCCAAGUUACCGCCAUUGGUCACGGCGAGUCCGCACUCAAGCCCGGCCCAAACAUGUAAUACCCGAGUGACCCAACAUGAUCCCAAACACGCCCGGAUCGUGCUACCAGGCACCGACGACCAACAGCAGGGGAUCCCACGAUGGCGGUAGCGAUGCCGGCAUUGGGCAUCAUGCGGUUUGCAGCCUUAUUUCCAAAACUUCCCCCGGUGGGGGCAUGUCUUGGGUGCUGUAUCUCAGAUCGGGGUAAAUCACGUUAUCAGGUGCUGCUUAAGUAAUCCUGAUCGGAUCGGCGAUGCGCCGCGUCACAUCGGAUUUCGAUCUAGACGAACAAACACCACCCUUCUUUCAACGCGAUUGACAACAACAUGGACAACAAAGGCAGCAUCGUGGAAUCUCUUGUCGCCGGCAGAGAGAGACGUUCGACAGCGGGAAACCGACUUGCGUCGCUGCUACAUCAAGAAGCAGACGCCGAGGAUACCCUCUUCCUGGAAGACGAGGACGAUGUCGAGUUCGAGGCCAGGGAUGCAGAGGAGCUCUCGGACGUGCUCCUGGAGUCCUCGGAUGACGAGGAUGAGUACAACGGUGGUGGCGUCGACGGAAAAGAGGGUGGACAAGGCGAGGAGGAUCUCGAGGGCGAGAGGGAACUACAGCAACAGGCAAAGGAGGAACGAGCCGCGAAGAAACGAAAGACUGCGGAAGCAUUCUUGAAGCCAAGGGUGUCGACGAGAAAGCGUGUCACAAUUCAGGACGGAAGCUCUACCACGACCACGGCUACGGCCAUGCAAACCACAGUAACGUCGCCGUCCCGGGGGUCUCCACCGAGGCCCAGAAAGAAGUCGGAGAGGGUUUCAUGGAUUCCUGAAUUUACAGCUACAAGGGCCUCGAGCCGAACCCUAUCUCUACAAAAUAGGACGGAAACGAUGAAGCGGCUGGAAGAGUCCGAGAAGCGACGGCUGCAUACAAUCAAGUUGAUGGAGGCUGCAGCUGCGAAAAAAGACAAAGAGAACCCUCGCAAAGAAAUGACGCAGGCGGAGCGUUUGAAGGAGGCAAAGCUCACCGAGGAGCGGAAUUUGAAAAGUUUGAACAAAUGGGAGGAAAGCGAGGCGGUCAGGUUAGAGGAGCAACGAAAAAAGCUCGCAGCCCUGCAAAACCGAAAAUUGGUGGGGCCUGUGAUUACAUGGUGGAGUGGAACUGCCGAGUGGGACAGUGGAGGAAAACUCUUGAGGAUUGGGAAGGGAUUGGUGGAAGUUCUUGACAGCAGCGAGGAUGGGGAGAGGGGAGAGGGGAAGAAGGCUAAAGGGAAAAAAAAGAGCAAGGGAGCGAAGGCAACAGCGGUCAAAGGUAAAGGUAAAGAAAAAUCAAUUGCCGACGGCAAUGGGGAUGGCAGCAAGGAGGGGACGACCCAGAAGGAUGGAGGAGAGCAGCUGGCCCAACAGAAUCAAACAAUCGAUGGACGACGAGAAAAUGAGCCUAACUCGAAAGUUGAGCCCCCACAACCGCCUCCGAGCAGCCUAACUCAAUCUGAUGAAGCUGCAAGUGCGAUAUUGGAUUCGGACAAUAUAAUCAAUGCAUCGCCAAAUACCCCGUCCAAUGCGAAUCCGCAACCAUCAUCCUCCGCGCAGGAGGUGCUACACAGCGACCACGGACCAAUCCCUAUGCUCCUGGAAGGGAUAUUGGACUAUGCGGCUCUGCCGGAACCCUCCCCGGGGCACGAGAAAGACCCACCGGAUAUGCAGAGGGAUGAAGUAUCAGCUUGUACAUCCCCGCAUGUCACAUCAGAAGCGCCCAAACCAAAGACCGAGCACUCGAGUAGGAAUCUCGUAGUGCUGGAAAAUUUUGACCCGGCGGCUGUUCAGACCCGAGAAGGACUCGCCAAGGUGUUAUUCCCAAGCGAUCCAAAGAGAACCUGGCGUGAGUUGUUCCCUCUCUCUUUUUUCUUUUCUCUCCCCUUUUCAUUCGUUUUUCUAUCGUUAAUUUUCUUCCGCCCCUCAUACCAAUUUCAUCUCAUCCCUCACCCUAUUCCACUCCAUCGUUCCGUUUUUAAAGAAAUUGUUCCUCAUCCCUAUGCCCGGUAUGUCGCUUUGGGGGUUAGGCCAUCAGAGAGUAUCUGUUGCAUGGCCUCUACUUCAUCCCUUCGGGAGUUGUUGUAUGCACCUCGCCGGUUCCCCGGUUUGCACCUCGCGAUCCGGCCCGAGUGCCAUUCCAAGCCUUGACAUGGAAAGAAAUUUCUGGGUUGAUCGAUAAGGUGUUCGACUUUUGAGCCUUUUCUCACUCCCUUGGCCCUGGCGUUUGGCUUGGCCCCUGACUCAUUUUUAUUUUUUCCUUUCUCCUUACCUCCUCUUGUCCGCUCCGGGCAUACCUCGGGCUGGCGUUACCGCCUUUGUACGAGCACCGCAGGCCUGCUCGUGCAGCUAAACCACUAGCUGCGGGCUCACCUUUCCCUGCCUUAGUCUACUUAUUUGAUGGAACUGGGAUUCGAACCCCUUACCAUAUAUUGAGAAUUUCUCGAGUUCUCGCGUUUUAUGACACCAUUUACUAAUCAAAUCUCCUCUUUCCCCCACGUACCUUGGAGGGUAUAUUUAAUACAACAGAUACUCAUAAGCCGCUCUGUGUCAUCACGCAUCAGCCGGCGAGGUUUCGUGAUCCGGCAACGGGGAUGCCAUAUGCAUCUCUCAAUGCAUAUCGGGAGAUUCAAAGAAUACUCCAGGGAGAAAUCCAAUGGAGUUGUCUUUUGGGAGCGUAUGUUGGUACACCCAAUUUUGCCGCGAAGGGAGUGCCGGACGGAUUCCUGAAAUCGGACGAAGAUAGACCCGUGUUGGUGGAGUGAUCGAUUCUAUUGGGAGGAGGGAGGGGAACGGGAAUCUUUUUUUUCUUCCUCUUUUUUUUGUGUGGUGGGUGUGUAGAUCAGGGGGAUCUGAUUGGUGGGUUAGGCUUUUCUCCCUUCUCGGCCCUUCAUUUUUGCAAAAGUACCGGUGAAGUCGACUUUAUCUUACUUUUCUCCCACAAGCGCCUCCUCCCCCUUCCCUCUCUAGCACUUCCUUCCUCGUGCAUCUUUCAGUUCUUUCCCUUCCCUUUCUUCUCCAGCUUAAUCUUUUUUUUUUUCCUAUUGCGCAAUGUAGUUUAACUUCACGCCGCGAACUACCGAGAACCUGCCUAGCUACCACGAAUAGUCUUGCUUGGAGUCGAUCAGACAAUCACCGAACUGCGCGAACCACAAGGGCUAUCACAUUCUCUUCAUGUUCUCCUGCUCCCUGCUUAACCAGCGAACGAGUGAGCGAAAAAACAGCAUUACUGGCGGUCCACCGUACUCAGCCCCCGUUUUCGCGAACGCUAUCUCAAUGCACUGCACCGUCACUGUAUCAUACCGACCGUAGUCAAUCUCCUAUCCCCUAUCUACCAAUCCACCCACCGCGCCACCACCACCACCUACCGUAUCUAUCUACUUAUCUAUCAAACUCACGACUUGAGUACCGUACCGCACAUACCAGAGCACCGUACUCCGACCCUCGAGUGAGCUCCCCCCCCUUAAUAUCUAUCAAACCCCCUCCUCUCCUCUCCUCUCUCCUCCCUCCCUCCUCCCUCCAACCAAUAAUUCGCUCGGUUCAACUCCCUAGGAAGGAAAAAUAAAAUAAAAAUUGUGGGGCACAACGAACAGACAGAUUGAUGGGCGGGCAGACAGGUUUGUCCAGUGCGGUGGAGUGCGGUACGGUAGGUACGGUAGAUAGGUAGGCAGGUAGGCGCAAUAUAGCGAUUGAUCAGCAGCGCGAUAUCGCAGCAAACGGCUCAACGACGGAAUAUGAUACCUCAAUUUUUCUUCUCGCUCACCUCAUUCUUUCGCUCAUUCAUCCAUCCAUUCACUUCAUCCGUCCUUUCCUCAUUUCACUUGAUGCGUAGUUAGGGGAUGCUUGCUUGCUGUCGCCCCCCCUCACCCCGUCAGCUCUAUCCAUCACCAUCCCCCCGAAUGCCCCAAUUCCCUUCCCGGACGUAAAGGGUACUCUCACAGGUAGUUACGGCAGUUGGCCUGCUUGUUCGUUAGCUAGCUAGAGAACGAUGAUAGAUAGAUAACCACGGUAUCUAUCCCGUUUGAUUAGUUGGUCAGUUCGCCAGCCAGUCAAUUCGCUAGUCGGAUACAUAUCAUAAAAGCAGGAGUAUUGUGGGAUACGGCAGCUAUAUGGUUAUACGUGGUGUACGGGUAUGUGAUGUAAGAACCCCCCCAAGACACCAUUACCGCCGGGCCACUACCACAGGCAUCAGGCGAGCAGGUAUGUAAGCAGCUAGCCAACGGUCCGAAUGCCUCCCGCUCGAUGUUCCCGUCCGUAACACCUGCCCUCAUGAUUUACGGAGCAGGGGAAGGGGGAAGGGGGAAGAGAGAAGUAUCAUAUUCCUUCAUAUCUACAGUAUCUGUCUAUCUAUCCAUCCAUCUAUUCAUCUAUCCAUACAUCCAUCCAUUUGUCUAUCUGUCUAUCUAUCUAUCCACCUAUCUAUCUACCUGCCUCCCUGCCCACCUAAGUUAUUACAUCUUCUACUUCACUUUCACAACAACCCACGUCUCCCACUGCAUGAUACCGUAGCUGAGUACCGGUACAAUAUUAAUCCAUAAAAUUUGACUCGAGUUAUUAUGGACUGGCUCUUUUUAUCUGUACUUUCAUCUUCUAUUAUUUCCUUACUCUGUUCUUUCUUUUUUUUUUCGGGUGCGCUCCCCAGGCGCUGCGGUAUCAUAGAGCACCGUAUUGCCAACCAGCCAGCCAGAGAGCCAGCCCAUCCACGGUGGAAAGGGAAGAACACCAAAGACGGUGGGGGAGGUUACACGGUGUUACACGGUUUAGGAAUGUACUGCCUUAUCUUCGUGGGGGUUGCAUCUCUCGAGAACUUACUUUCUGAUACCCACCAUGCUUGCUUGACACUGACUUGGCCGACCUUGCGCUGCUCUGGCAGCACGAGGAGUGCCAGGAGGUGGAUGACGACGGUGAUGAUGAUGAGUGCUAGGGCGCAGGG